AUGUCAAGGCAUCCACCAGCGCAUCCCCAUCGUCUGUACCCAGCGUAUUGCUUCAGAGCCUCGCCUACCUUCAACACCUGGGUCAAGCUCACGGCAGCCGACAUCCAGGGCCUGCGUUCCGAGCCCGACUUCCAGGCAGGACAGAACAUCUAUUUCCACCUCAACCAUCCAAUUCGCUUUGUCCGCCUGGUCGGCGCCAUCGUAGCCAUCAAUGACAUCCACAUCCGCUACACCGUCCUCACCAUCGACGACGGCAGCGGUGCAACCAUCGACCUCACCAUUACGAGAAUCCCAUCGCCCGGUCUGAACCCUGUCGACACCUCCUCACCCACCACAGUCGACAAUGUGCACAUCGUCAGCCGCAUCGGUGUCUUCGACGUCCUCGUCGACCAGCAAAGCCUCGAUAUCGGCACCAUUGUAAAGGCAAAAGGCACAAUCUCUGAAUUCCGCGGUGCCAAGCAACUCGAUCUGAAAAGAAUCAGCAUCGUCGCGGAUACGAAUGAGGAGGCGCGGGCUUGGGCCGAGGCGGCGGCGUUCAAGCAAUCUGUUCUAGCGAGACCGUGGCAUAUCAGUGCGACAGAGGGCAAGAAGAUCAAGAGCGCUAUUCGGGCGGAGAAGAAGAAGGAGCAGGAAUAUGAACGGCGCAGAGCAGAGUACAAUACGAAAAUGGAUGAGCAUCGACAGGCCAAGGAGGCCAAGCUCGAGAUGCGCCGACGAAAGGAGGAGGCCAUGAUGAAUGCCGGCGCACUGAUAUAA